AUGGCACUCUCUCCUUUCGCUUUGCAUGUGAAUGCAUCCACCCAUAGGUAUUCUCUUUCUCCUACCUUCGAUCAACUCAGAAGGUCCAUUUCUCCAGCUUUGAAGCCUAUUUGGAAGAAGUUGCAGCAACAACUGCCGUUGAAGAAGAUUGAUGUAUCCAACACAGUCAAGAAAGCUUCAGGGAUGGUGUUGGAUGUCUUAGUGGAUGGCUUGUACCGGUUUGUGGGUCAACCUUAUCUACCCUCUCAGAAGAACUUUGCACCGGUUCAAGAAAUUGGAGAAGCUGUAGAAGUUGCUUGCUUGGAAGGGGAACUACCGGCCGAUUUCCCCCAAGGAGUAUUUGUUAGAAAUGGUCCAAAUCCUCAAUUUGGAUGUCUCAUAUCCACGGCGAGCCCCUUUGGAAUAACGAAUGAGACAUGGGUAGAAGGAGAAGGAAUGCUUCAUGCAUUGUUCUUCAAAAAGACUGGCGAUUCAGAUUGGACCAUCUCCUACAAGAACAAGUACGUCGAAUCCCAGACAUUCAAGCUUGAAAAGCAAAGAAACAAACCCUCCUUCAUCCCUACCAUUGAAGGAGAUUCAUUAGCUAUCCUAGCUGCAGUUUCUCUGAAUCAGAUUAGACUCAAUGCUGAUACCAAGUUCAUAUGCAACACAAGUGUGUUCGAGCACUCAGGGAAGCUGUAUGCAACAGCAGAUAAUUACUUGCCUCAUGAGAUCGACUCAAGAACCCUAGAAACAUAUGGCGAGUGGGACUUGAAUGGGGAUUGGGAUCGAUCUUGCACUAGCCAUCCGAAGAAAGCUCCGGGGAGUGGCGAGCUUGUGAUAAUGGGGAUUGAUGUCAAGAAACCUUUCCUUCUUGUAGGAGUGGUAUCCGCCGAUGGAAAGGAGCUUCGUCACAAGGCGGAUGCCAAAUUAGACAAAAGUGUCCUCAGCCACGACAUUGGGGUCACAGAGAGGUACAAUAUCAUAGUGGAUCAUCCUGUUGUAUUGGACACCCAGAGACUGGCCAAGGGAGGGCCAUUGCUAAAGUAUGAUAAAGAAGGAACGACGAGAUUUGGAGUAAUGCCGCGAUAUGGUGAUGCAAAUUCUAUCCGCUGGUUUGAAGUAGAGACAUGCUGCGCAUUUCACCUCCUCAAUACAUUUGAGGAUGGAGAUGAGGUUGUGGUAAGGGGCUGUAGGGCCAUGGCGUCCAUAUUGCCAGGUCCAGAUUGGGGUGUGAACAAGUUUGAUUGGUUCUCAAGAGGAUACAAAUUACCUCCGAAAAAUAGAGGAAAUGGCAGCGAAGAAGAAGGUUUUCUUUUUCAUUGUGUGUAUGAGUGGAGAUUGAGCAUGGAAACUGGAGAUAUCGGCGAGAGAAAUCUCAGUGGCACUCACUUCUCCAUGGAUUUUCCAUUCAUCAAUGGGAAUUUCAUAGGUUUGAAGAACAAGUUUGGCUUCACUCAAGUCGUCGAUUCAUCAGCAAGUUCUAGCUGCGGGCUGCCUAAGUUUGGAAGUCUGGCCAAAUUAUACUUUGAUGAACCACAGGGAGAGUAUGAACAGGCUGUGAAGGUUGAAUUUCACAAGUUUGGGGCGAGCAACUUUUGUAGCGGAAGUGUGUUCGUCGCUAAAAAUGGUAGUGUCAAAGAUGAAGAUGAAGAUGAUGGUUGGAUUGUAACUUUUGUUCACAAUGAAGUGUCUGAUGAGACUCAUGUUCACAUAAUUGAUGUGAAGGAUUUCGAAGGCGAGCCGGUGGCGAAGAUAAGGUUGCCUCAGAGAGUGCCAUAUGGAUUUCAUGGCACUUUCAUGGCCACACCUAAUAAGCAAUAA